GGACAUCGUGAAGUUGCAGACUUUUGCAGAUGACAUUCCUGACGUUUCAUAUCGAAGCCUUCACUUUCGUCUCCAGCUCAUUCAGAAGCUUUCGAAACAUUCGAAACUAUUGCUCGGUACUAUAUUCUCAAUUUAGAUCAUUCAAAUUUGUUUCGGAAGAUUCUCAAAAAAUUCGGAGUUUGGGGCUCACUCUGCAGUCUUCGCCGAUGGCUUUGCGGCGCUCCCGCUACCUGGUGAGUCCUAGCGCGAAGAGUAUCAUUUUGCGUGCCAAUUUGCCAUCCGUAGAUUGCUCUGAGGCCGUAGCGAGGCCGAUUACCGAAGUUACUGGCCCAUCCAGGUUAAUAGAGAGGGAGAUGAAUCCCACUUGUAAGAAACUUUGUGUUGGAAGACAGACCAAUUGUUAAGAAUAGGUUAAUGGCAAAGAUUUCCUUUGCCAUUAACCAGAAUCAGCAACAAUUGUUGUCGCUUCUGCGGAUGGCCCGUGCUUGUCACGAAGCAAACAUAGAAAUAGAAAUUUGAGAAAGUGACAAUAGGUCACCGUACCGUCGAGGAUGUGACCUUCACGAGGAUGGACCUUUAGGGCAGGAGCUUAAUUCUUAUGGAAUACAAGAGCACGCACGCCCGCACGGAUCGAAGUUUACCUAUUAUGAGGAAUGCCACUGCUGUCGGCGUCAGUUGUUCAAUGCGGACACCUUUUCAGGUCACGCCGCUUCCCUGUCCGCUAUGGCAGUGUUUAUAAUAAACCCAGCUCUGCGACCAUUUGCUGCUGGAAUCGAGGAGGCUUUCUUAACGCAAGAGCUUCAUUCAGGUGUCGGCGUUUGUCUAAAUCGGCCGGGAAUCUGAGCUCAACGCCGAGCCUCCGAAUGAGUGCUGAGCAUCUCGACCACAAGCUAGGGAAUAUGCGAGCCAUCGUGUAGCGAAGGGCUUCGACCACUGCGAGCGGGAACAUGAGUUCAUAAUUAGGCGGAGAUCUUAAAACCAUCACACGAGUACGAAGAGUUGCACCAGCAUAUUACAUCUGUGCUCUGAAACGAAAGUCAUGUGCGCAGAAGGGGCUUCAGUUUUCUAAUUAAAGUGGUAUGCCUUGAGAAACACUCCAUGAGGCGCUGUCUUAUUUCCGACGGACUGUCUGCAGCUGCCAACGAGUUUAGAGUGAAGAAUCGGUGGCGUGCAAUUUUGUUUUCCGUGGUCGAGGUGCCAAGUUUUUCUAAGUAUUGGUUCAGCUGAGAAGUAUACCCUCACAAGCAAGGGUAAACAUGAAGUCUGGUCCUUUCAACGAACAAUUUAUUACAAAGGCCAGGCUCUUGUCGUUUCUCAAUGUAGCACUCAGCGUAUCCUUUCCAGGACGUGUUAUAUGUAAUAUGAAUAGUCGGGAGACAAGGAGAAGCUUGUCAUAGGAUAGAUGACUCUUAUUGAUAUAGGGAUGGUUUCCCAGUACCCCUCCGUACCUGGAAUCAUCACUGACAGUCUCUGACGCUAAUGACUCAGGUCCUUAAUGUUUAGAUGUUAGUGUUGGAUGGUUCUAGUAUGAUGAGUGCUACAUAUCCUAUUCAGAUUAGAACGUCUGAUUUAGCUACUGCUAGUGGACUCAAAGCAGAAAUCUGGAUCCUUCACAACAAUAGUUCAUCCUGAAACUGAAUUCAGAAGCCCUCUUAAUGCUAAAAGCAGGAUGGUGGAAAGUAUCACAUACAAGGUACUUCCGCACUGGGUACCAAACAGACAGCGGCCGCAGUAAUGAGUUACUGUUGCACAAGAUCCAGCCUUUACAGGAACAAAAACUCACACUAAAGAAUGAACAAAAUCAUGGAGGAAUUGCAAUGCAGUACUCUGUUGCAUUCAAUAUCCACAAAAUAGUUGUAUAUGUACACUCUGAGGUG